UCAGUUGAGUGGAAAAUGCUGUUCAUUGAGGUGCUGCUUGGUUUUCUCCUGCUGGCUGCGGUUGAUGCAGCUCCAGAAUAUCUGCUCUACACACGCCGCAAUGGAAGCACGCCUGAACGAGUUAAGCCAGAGGUGGAGUCGCUACUGCGCUCUUCCUUCUAUGCCCUGGAGCCAAUUGUAGUCUACAUACCUCGCACGUCCGGCGAUAGCGCUGUGCACGUGAACCUCGUUGCGGCCCUGCUCGAUAGGGAGCCUUGCAACGUCUUCGCUGUGCACCCGGACAAGGAGCACAGCCAGUCAGAGAUUGUGGACAGUGUGAGUGGCUUGCUGAUCAUGCUGCACCGCCAGUUUGAUGUUCCGCUAAAGCAGAAGCAGAUGGUGGGCUUUGGAGCGGGUGCUCACGUGGCUGGAGCCGUAGCUGAUCUCGUGCGGCGCCAGCUUGGCGACCCUUUGCCACACAUCACAGCACUCGAUCCAGCUUUAGUCAUAGACGCACUAGAGCAUAGGCUGUCGGCCCAGGACGCCGUGCACGUGGAGGUUAUUCACACUAAUGGACAGGGACUGGGCACGAUGGCGCGAUUGGGCGAUGUGGACUACUAUCCAAAUGGUGGACAGCAGCAACCCGGCUGCCAUGAGGCGGCAGAUCCAGAUUCCUGCUCGCACGAGCGAGCCCUCGAGCUGGCUGCCGAGAUGUGGUCACCGGUGAACAAGCUGCUUUGCGCCAAGUGCAUGUCGGAGGAGCAACUGGAUGCCAGAAGCUGCCGCUGGACCCUGCAUCGCAUGGGCGAAGGCGGAGCAACCAGCGAUGCCCCGGGUAUUUAUUACCUAGAGACGCAAAGCAGCGCCCCUUUUGGAAAAGGCGCCUUCCACAUUUCCUUCUUGUAGGGCACAUUACAAUAAAGAGCACCCCAUAGUAUAAAUGAGUGAA